ACCACAAGUGGAUCUGAUUGCGGCACAUUUUUCGUGGGUCCAUAUGUGACAAUGGCUACACAUUGUCCAUUCGAAAGAGUUGGCGUUUUCAUCAAGCCCUCUGCAGCACAUGUAGAAGAGGAGAAUUUUACCAUCCAUCAUAUGGAUGGUAAUGGAUGGUGA